AUGCGACUUAUAAUUGUCUUCAUCGCUUCGAUCCUGUGGUGUUGCACGAGCUUCACAGAAGCCCUGACAGACAACGUGACUCCCUCUCCGAUCACGAAUCGCGUCGGCAAUGUCAACAACCGGCGCCAUCUUCGAAGACAGCAACCGAACGAAGAAGAAAGAAUGGCGCCGAACUUCGCUGCGAUGUCGAAUCUUCUGCAUUCCACUCCUUCUGGUCAGUCGUCCCAGAUCCUUCAUGCAGUUGAGAAUCACGAGCCGCUGCCCAAGUGGGCAAAAGCUCUCGUAGUUCUACUCGGACUCGGCGUAGUAGCUGGCGGCACUGUUGCUGCUGUCAAGGUGUCGCAAUCAAUAACGGAAUAA